AUGGCAACAAACCCGACUGGCACACUAACUCCUCCUCUAUUUACGGGAGAAAAUUAUCACGUAUGGGCAAUAAAGAUGAAGACAUACCUGCAAGCCCACUGCCUGUGGAAGGUCGUGGAAGACGAUGCAGAACCAGCAUCAUUGAAAGAUGAUGCAAUAAUAAACCAACUAAAGAUGUAUGAAGAAGACAUCUCAAAGAAACCUCGGGCUCUGUCUUGUUUGGAUGCGACAAUAUCAGAUUCGAUCUUCUCCAGAAUAAUGAACUUAAGAAACCCAAAGCAAGUAUGGGAUAAGUUGAAGGAGGAGUUUAAAGGUGAUGAAAGAAUCAAGAUGGUGAAAGUUCUGAAUCUGAGAAAGCAAUUUGAAACACUGAAGAUGGCAGAGGCAGAAAUUAUAAAAGAGAAUGCCCCAAAACUACUUGAUACAGUAAAUAAGAUCAGAUUGCUCGGAGAAGACUUCGAAGACAGAAGAGUUGUUGAAAAAAUGUUGGUGAGUCUCCAUGCAAGAUUCGAGGCCAAAAUCUCAGUGAUUGAAGAAACGUGCAAUCUCAAAACUCUAUCGGUUGCAGAACUAUUGGGCAAGCUGUAA